AUGGUUGACCCCGCCUCUGUGUCAUCACCUCCGAAUUUGAUGGAUAUGCUCUCACUCUUCUCUCAAGCCGACUAUGAAUCACUGGAGCCCGAUUCAUGGGGCAUCCCUACCAUUCCGGAGCAUUCUGUUCCCGGAAGAAGUAAUUGCUUAGAUCAUGAAGGACUGGACUUAAUCGUGAUGCCAGGAGUUGCGUUUGAUGAAGGGUUUAGAAGAUUGGGCCACGGUAAAGGGUAUUAUGACUACUUCCUAGCACGAUACAAACAGUUGGUAGACUCCAAAGGGGCUGAGGGCAAAAUGAGAAUGCCUAUCCUAGUUGCUUUGGCUUUGAAAGAACAAAUCUUCGAAGAUGGGGCUGUACCUGUAGACCUAAGCGAUUGGCCAAUGGAUAUUAUCAUUACAGGAGAAGGGAGGCUUCUACGAAGAUAA